AUGUUCGCAACAUCUAGCCGGGCGCAUCGGCACGCUCGGCCCAAUUUAUCGGACUCAGCUAGGCAGGAGGCGGCCAGUCCUCCUCCGCCUGGCUCGGACAGCUGUUUCGGCGUUCGCAGCCUGAAUGGGAGCGUCGCGUGGGGAGCAGAAAUCGAAGGCGUACCUACGCCGCCGUCACCUCUCGAGGCUCACGGUGGAGAGGAAGACACGCUACUGGGGGAUAUCGUUCAUCAUCGGGAUACAGAGGUUGAUCCAGCGGUGCUAGAUGCAGGAAGUGAACACCCGGCCGAGGCAGCGGUCACUGCGCCUUCGGGAACGUCAAUCCCGCCGUCACUCCCCACUUCUCACACCCGAGCGACCAUCCGCCCCUCUUCCGCUCCCGCGCCCAUCCGCGUUCCCUCACCCGCCAUCUUCCUCCUUCCAGAGCCUUCCUCCGCGGUCCACACCCCGCCUCAGCACUCCCCCUCCACCACAUCCCCAAUCGACCACUCCCCGUCGGCGAUAUCCGACUAUUCCACCGGUGUCGGCGGUGAAGGAGACGGCUCGGCGCCUCCAAGUCCGACAAGUCUGCCCUCGUACCUCGCUUCGGAGAUGUCGAUGUCUAUGCCCAGCUCGCCGGGGCUGGGGUACUCGACGGAUCCAGGGUCGGGGUCGGGGUCGGGAUCGGGCGAAGACGCGGGAUUGAGAAUGGGGAUGGGCGGGGUGUUGCAGGCUUUGGCGCUCGAACGGGAACGGGCGAGGUCGGGUGUAUCCCGGAAAGGGACGGUUGGCGGCGGGGAGGGAGAAGCAGGGUCGACAGAUCUGGUUAUUCCCACGCUGAGCUUACCGAGCUCGAGCCUGCACCUCUCACUCAGACCAUACCGAGGCCCAGUGGAUGGGCUCAAGAUUGCGCUUCUUGGGGAAGGAGAGGAGGUCAAGGCUUUCCUGAGAGCCCUAGAGGACAAGGAGGAGUUGGUGCAGGUUGGAAGGCAGGUCGGGGUGGUACGAGGCGGCAAGCUGGAGGUGGUGCUCCUCACUGGAAUGUCCCAAGAGCAGAUCACGCAGCGGGCUAUUGCGGGGUAUUCGGGCCUACAUGGCCUGCUGAACCCAUCCGCCGCAGAAGGGGAUCAAGGAAAGCUGAGGGAGAUGGUGGCUAGGUAUGCGGACCAGGAGGAUUGGGUGCACGCUGCUCUUGACAUUGCUGGUGAUGCGCAAACCGGACUACGCUCUGACUCACUGGACGGCUUGGUCGAUAUGCUUCCUCGAUCUGCGAUACCUCUCUCGCCGAUGGGCCCCACUGAGUCAUCGCCUGUCACCGUCCCCGUUCAGUCGCCCUCGCAUGGUAUGGACGAUCCCACUCCGAUGCCACACGCCGAGUCCAGUUCGUACUUUAGCCAUCCCAUUACCUCCGCUCAGCCCAUCUCCCCCAUUCCCGAAUCCCCUGCCCUCCCCGCAAGCAUUUCAGCCAGCGUGCAAGCCCUUCAGUCCGCGCUCGACUCCCCAUCCGCCCUCUCAGCGUCAAUCGACCAUUUCCUCGCUUGGCGCCCUGCCCCCUCCGCUCCAAACCUCGAAUCGAGCGAUUCAUCCCUCGAUAACAGCUCCAAGGGGACCGGGACGGGCACGUCCUCUUCUGGCGCGGCGGGCCUGGAUGGGGGUGGACAGAUGGAGCCGACUGUAGGUAGAGCACAGGGCGGCGAGGAGUGGGAAGCGGGUCUGAGCAGGCGGGUCGCCAAGCGACGAGAGAGUGGGGCAGGGACGAAGGCCGUUGAGAAGACGGCGAGUAAGCGGAGACGAAGUAAAGGGGCGAGAGACGGUGCUAGUGCCCUGGGCGGGAUGAGGCCGAUGGAGAGUAUCCCGCUCUUCCCGCCUACUGCGUCGUCUUCUCGACCAUCAGCAGAGGAGCGGUCAGGCCGAGGCCUGUCGAGCCCAGAAGGGGGGGUGGGCCUGGGCGUUCGGGGGAUGCUGGAAAAGACAUUCAGGCCGCUCAGGGAGGGUCUGAGGGGUUGGAAGCGGGUGCUCGUCGUAGCUGCGAUCAUGGGCGUCGUCGGUUGGGGCUGGUGGGCCGGAGGGCGGUAA